GACAGUAGCCACUGAUUUCUACUGAAGAUUAAAGAAAUUGUGUAUUUCCUUGAAUUCCUGCCACAUUAGAGGAGAAGGGCAGGUAUUGUCUUAGGACUGGGUUUUUUUUUUUUGCAACUGUACCCCUUCUGUCGGGAGGUUUCAGUUGAAGUACCCUUUACAGUUUUCGCUCACUGAAUGGCACCAGUUGCAGUGAAAGGCAGAAUAAUUUGAUUAACACAUUCUUUCCCAUUUAUUUAAUAUAUUGUACUGGUGUAUCUGGUCCGCAGCAGGAAUAAAUGGAGGCAGCACAGGAUGCAGUUUAAAGCAGUGUAAACUGCUGUUUUUAUUGAAGCGCUGGAACAGCAGGCUAAUGGACGCUCUGUCAUAAAAUGGUUUAGCUCUGAUAGCCAGCUCCAGGACACACUCUCACACAACUACACAACACGAACCUGAGCUGCACACAGGCAGCUCCUAAAUACAGUCAUGGUCCAAUCGCUCAGAUCCUCGGUCCUGCGCAAACAGGUGGCUGGCGGAACUGAACACAAAUCACAGUGCAGCCAACACAGACCCUCUCAUACAGCUGCACUGUGCACGUGACACCCCAGGCACCUCACACAAACAGCGGAGAAGACAGGACAGCACACACACACACACACACACACACGCACACACACAGAGCAAUACACUAACAGCUGCAUCUGCGGUUCACUUUGAACUGCUAAACAAAGAUGAAAAAAUUAUACACGGUGUUUUAGAGAAUAUAUAAUACUGUUAAAAAAACCAUUCCUUUCUUUUACUUUCAUUUUGAUUUGUGUAUUUCUGAGUCGUCCUGCGUACCCCCUAUGACCCUUAGAAGCGGUACGUGUACCCCUGGUUAAAAACUCCUGCGUCAGAAAAUGGAUGGCAUUAGAAAUCAUUAUAAGAGAACAAAGAGAGACUAACAGCACGCAGGUGACAUCCAGGGAGGGGCUGACGUGUUGAGCGUGGAACUGCAAGAGAGGGGUUUAAAUAUGCAGUGCAGUCUAGUCUACACAGAUUACCUUUCGCUGUCCGUUUGAGCUGCCUAUUUACCCUGAAGAGAAGAAUUGAACGGUCAGAGCGAGUGACUAGAGCACUAGAGCCGUGCUGCAGAUCCCACUGACAAUACCUGAAGACUGCCUUAUCUUGGUGAAAGUGAAGGAACAAAGAUGGAAUCUGUUUACAUUAAACAGGAGGAGGUUGUGGAACUGGCACCUAUCUGCAUUAAACAGGAGAUGCCUGAACUGGAGCCUGUCCACAUUAAAGAAGAGACUGAACUGGAGCCUGUCCACAUUAAAGAAGAGACUGAACUGGAGCCUGUCCACAUUAAAGAGGAGACUGAACUGGAGCCUGUCCACAUUAAAGAAGAGACUGAACUGGAGCCUGUCCACAUGAAAGAAGAGACUGAACUGGAGCCUGUCCACAUUAAAGAAGAGACUGAACUGGAGCCUGUCCACAUUAAAGAAGACACUGAACUGGAGCCUGUCCACAUUAAAGAAGAGACUGAACUGGAGCCUGUCCACAUUAAAGAAGAAGACAAUGAACUGGAGCCUGUCCACAUUAAAGAGGAGACUGAACUGGAGCCUGUCCACAUUAAAGAAGAGACUGAACUGGAGCCUGUCCACAUUAAAGAAGAAGACAAUGAACUGGAGCCUGUCCACAUUAAAGAGGAGACUGAACUGGAGCUUGUCCACAUUAAAGAAGAAGACAAUGAACUGGAGCCUGUGCACAUUAAAGAAGAGACUGAAUUGGAGCCUGUCCACAUUAAAGAAGAGACUGAACUGGAGCCUGUCCACAUUAAAGAAGAGACUGAACUGGAGCCUGUCCACAUUAAACAAGAGGAGACUGAACUGGAGCCUGUCCACAUGAAAGAAGAGACUGAACUGGAUCAUGUCCACAUUAAAGAAAAGACUGAACUGGAGUCUUUCUGCAUUGAAGAGGAGUCUAUUGACUUGCUGUUUAAGGAUUCAGAAAACAUAUCCCUGCCAAAGAUAUCACAUCAAUGUACUGAAUGUGGGAAGAACUUCAGUCAGUUAAGAAGCCUAAAAAGACACCAGAGAAUUCAUACUGGAGAGAAGCUGCAUCACUGCAGUGACUGUGGGAAGAGCUUCAGUCAGUCAGGACACCUAAAAUCACACCAGCGAACUCACACUGGAGAGAAGCCGCAUCACUGUUCUGACUGUGGGAAGAGCUUCAUUCGGUUAGGAAACCUAAAACAACACCAGCGAAUUCACACUGGAGAGAAGCCGUAUCAAUGUAUUGAAUGUGGAGAGAGCUUCAGUAUGUCAGGAAGCCUAAAAAGACACCAGCGAAUUCACAGUGGAAAGAAGCCGUAUCAUUGUGUUAAAUGUGGGAAGAGUUUCAGUCUGUCAGGAAACCUAAAAAGACACCAGAGAAUUCACGCUGGAGAGAGGCCGCAUCACUGCUCUGACUGUGGGAAGAGCUUCAGUCAGUUAGGACACCUAAAAUCACACCAGCAAACUCACACUGGAGAGAAGCCGCAUCACUGCUUUGACUGUGGGAAGAGCUUCAGUCAGUAAGGAAGCUUAAAAAACAGAGGUGAAUUCACACUGGAGAGAAGCUGUAUCACUGCACUGAUGGUGGGAAGCGCUUCAUUCAGUUAGGAAGCCUAAAACAACACCAGCAAAUUCACACUGGAGAGAAGCCGUAUCACUGCACUAAAUGUGGGAAGAGUUUCAGUCUGUCAGGAAACCUAAAAACACACCAGCAAAUUCACAGUGGAAAGAAGCUGUAUCACUGUACAAAAUGUGGCAAUACAUUUGCUUUCUGUGGUUAAGUGAAAAGACAUAUAUACCAGUUUUGAAAAUGCAGAUGAAGCUGAUAGAAAUCAAUAUUCCAGGCAGUGUUACAAUGGUCCUUGUUUUCGGUCCUUCCAGUCCAGGUCUUUGCUUCAACCAGAUUGUAGAUUAAUGAAUCAACCUUCUUAUAAAUCAUUCAGGACCUAAUUGGAAGUGAGGGCCACUGCUUUAUACCAAUCAAAACUGAGUGUGAUGCUCCAGUGAUAUUUUUUGAAAGGAAUCCUGUCUAUGUGCCAGCCUAAGGGUGUUUAAUCAUGCUUUAGCAUAAAUGUGAGAAUGAGUGUGUGCCAAAGCAGCUGUGCUUGCAUUUUAAUCAGUAGUAUAAGUAGGCUAUGACUACCUGCAACCUUUAUGAAUUGUGUAUGAACCUGAAUAUGGUUAUUAUUAUGGGGGGUAUCAAUUUCAUUAAUAGGGGUAAUGAAUACUACAUGAAUAACAUCAUGAAUAAGGGCCGGCAUGACGACAUGAAUAGGCCACUGCGGUCGCACAGACAUGGUUAAGGUUUGAAUGAAAGUCCUGUUUACAGUCGGUUUUACAAGCAGCUCAAAAGGGAGGUAACAUCCCACCAAUAUGCAUUUUUAUGUGUGGUCGGAUUGGCAGGCUCAUCAAACCAUGUGAAUGGGGUAGCAUUUGGCUGAAUACUUUUUGAGAUACAGAGUGGCAAAAAGCAGCAUUUUUUUUAAUAUACCUGUAUCUCAAAAAGUAUAGCAAAUUAAGGAACCACACUUGGCAUACACAUAGUCCCAGGGGUGUAGAUGUGCAGCGGGGUAUUAAUAUUUUUUGGGGCUCCUAGAUUUACAGAAACUGAACCCCAAAGAUAAUGGUCUGACGUCACUGCUGCCUGACGUUGUUGCUAGGCAGGGACUUGCGACUGUUCCAUUGCACUGAAUAGGGAGACAUGGAAUAUAUAGUUCAGCACACACGGGUCACAUCUGCGUUUCUGUCUGGAUUAAAACUGGUAAUCAGUGAUAAUAUUUUUUUAUUUGUUUGUGCCUUCAACACUGUGGAAACUAAUAAUAAUUUGUUAAUUUAUAAAAUACUAUUUUCAUUUUCCCCUCUCUCUUUUGUUGUUAUGGUACGGUCGGGAGUUCAAUGAUACCAUUCCAUUCCAUAAACAAAUCUAUGCUGCUGUCAGUAUUAAAACUGUUAAGAACUUCUCUGUGCUAUUAAAUAAUAAAAU